UAAAUUAACAUGGCCCGAAUGAACCGCCCAGCUCCUGUGGAAGUCACAUACAAGAACAUGAGAUUUCUUAUUACACAUAAUCCAACCAAUGCAACAUUAAACAAAUUUAUUGAGGAACUUAAGAAAUAUGGAGUUACCACGAUAGUAAGAGUAUGUGAAGCAACUUAUGACACUACUCUUGUUGAGAAAGAAGGCAUCCAUGUUCUCGAUUGGCCUUUUGAUGAUGGUGCACCACCGUCCAACCAGAUUGUUGACGACUGGUUAAGUCUUGUAAAAAUUAAGUUUCGUGAAGAACCUGGUUGUUGUAUUGCUGUUCACUGUGUUGCAGGGCUUGGGAGAGCUCCAGUGCUUGUCGCCCUAGCAUUAAUUGAAGGUGGAAUGAAAUAUGAAGAUGCAGUACAGUUCAUAAGACAAAAGCGGCGUGGAGCUUUUAACAGCAAACAACUUUUGUAUUUGGAAAAAUAUCGUCCUAAGAUGCGGCUGCGCUUCAAAGACUCCAAUGGUCAUAGAAACAACUGUUGCAUUCAAUAAAACUGGGGUGCCUAAUGCUAUUGCUUUGGAAGAAGAACUUGAGACAGGAUCUAAUUUGUCAUACAUAUUAGCCAACAUGUUGGCUUGGUGAAUAAGUUUAGUGAAGCUUCCAAAGGGUAUUGAAAAUUAGUUUUACCAGGCCACGAGUUUGACAGAAUUGCAACCUCUGUCUUUGGGUUAUAACCAACUUAUUUGGACAUUUAGCAAAAGAUUGUUGCUGUUUAGUAUUUAAAAUGUGCUUAUCAUUUGUACCAAUUGACUUUUCCUGAAAUCAUGCAAUAUUCAGUUGUAUCUUAAAUCUAUUCCCAUGCCAGAAUCUUAUCAAUACAUAAGAAAUUUAGAAAGAUUAGGUGCCAAAAUACCCAGCACAAUACUUGUAUAUUUUUAGUAUCAUACAGAAUUAAAAUCCCAGGAACUAUGAACACUCUAGACCUUAUGUGGUUUAUUCCUUCAGUCAUUUCAAACAUUGAAACUAGGGACUAUAUGGUUAUUUGCCUGUUCACUUUAUGUUUACAUCUCCCACAUUCAUACCAGUAUACAUCAGGUUUGCUUAACCAUUGAUUUUUUUUUUACCAAGUCUUAUGAUUAUUUAAUGUUUCUAUAAAUCUUUUGCUGUUAAUAUAAAACCUCCAUUUUGAAAAAUCUACAUUGUACAGAAGCACAUGUCUUUAAUGUCUUCAGACAAAAAAAGCCUUACAGUUAAUUUAACGUUUGCACUCUGAGGUGCAGCUUAACAGGGAGGGCCUGAGAAAAGAAUGGGAGGGGGCUAUUAAAUAUUUUUAGUAAAAUGUUGCCUUUGUCUUGUGCAUAACAUGUAGAAUAUGCUCUUUAAUUUAGUAAAUAUUUUUUUAAGAGGUAGAGAUGCUUUGUUAUUGUAGCUUAAAAUUCUUAAUCAUAAAAUUUCUGAAAUUCUUGUAAUUUUUUCCAUACUUAUCAAAAGUUGUUUACCAACUUAUUUUUGUUUGAAGUGUGAUUUUUUUUUCCUUCCCAACCUCUUGCAAAAAAAAGUGGGUUUCUGCUAAUGAAUUGAGCAGACAUCUAAUAUUUUAUAUGCCUUUUGAGCUGUGUAACUUAAUAUUUGAAUACUUGAUAAUUUGUUUUAUUAUGUAAUUGAUAAAAUGGUGAUGUGUAUUAAUGUUAGUUCAACCAUAUAUUUAUACUGUCUGGGAAUGUGUGGUUAUAGUUCUGUGGGAGAAUAAUUUGUCUGUUCACCAGCUUGUAAAAACUUAGUGCGAGAGCUUAAACAUCUAAAUAAAUAAUGAAAUGCAUUUAUCAUCACUGAGAUUGUUUUGCUUAAACAUAACUUAUUUUGCAGAAAACAAAAUGAAUUGCACUUUGCUUAAUGCCAUUAGAUGUAAAGUGUGUCCUCACUUUUUUUUUUUACAAAUGAAGAGCUAAAUGAAGUCAACAUUUUAGUAAGCUUGUUAACAAAACUUGUUAGGAUAGUGACCACUGUUAAAUACUAAAAGUGCUUUUAAUUUAUUAUAAACUUUACUUUUUUAAGGGUAUAGAUAAUUUUGAAUCAAUUGUAUACUGGAGAGGAACAGUAUAGUAGAGAAAGGCCUUGAUUUUUUUAAAGCUCACUUCUGAACCUCAGUUUCCACAUUUGCAACUUAAUAUUUCCAGAUUUUAAGUUAGUUUGAACAUUGUUUUACACAUGAAAACUGAGUGUUAGUUUUGGUAAUCUAAGAUGUAUUAUCCUUUCACAUAAUUCUUGUUAACCUAAAUACCACUUAAAAAUGUAAAAGACUCAAAAUUUAAGUCAAAGGUGGUCCUCCACUUUGGGGUUUAAGUAAUCUACUUCCAUAUCUUAAGGCCAGUUUAGUUUUCAUUCCGUUUUUAAAUAUAGCCUACUCUUAAGAUCAUUUCAUGUAGUUAAUUACUAAAUGAUACACUAUUAACCCACAGCCCAACCCAUAGAACAGCAUAGGUGUAAAGAGAGGAGUUACCGUCAGGAUUAAUGGGAAGUAUAUUUUAAGUUUGAAAAGUUGAAUUAAUUAGUGUUGAUUUUCUAUAUAUGGUGCUAAAAAUCAAUUUACUUUAUAAACCUUACCUGUACAGUAUAUAACAUGAAAUUUGCUUUUUAAUUCAAAUAUUUUGUAUCUUGUAAAUAAUGGCUAAUACAGGAGUACCUAUAAUAUACAUCCUAAAGUAUUCCUUACAUCUAAUAAGAAUUUUAAAAAUUGUUAGUUGAGGUCUUUCUAAAAUUUGAUUACUUGGGUUUGAAUACCCUCAUUGAGAUGAUGUAAAUAAUAACUAGUUGCCUAGGCUUGUCUGUAGAAACCAUAUAUGUUGCUGAUGUAAUUAAUGAGGUUACUGAAUCAUAGCAAGAAAAUACAAUCUCCUUUUGUUAAAAGAAAACCCUAAAAGCAGAUGCCAUUGGUAAUUUUUUGCAGUGUACUGCAACCUUAACUUAUUGUUUUGAGUGCUCCUUUUCCUUGGGCAGUGUUCUCCUAUUUCCACAGCUUUAUACAGCCUCAGGCAUGCCAUCAUCUGGUCACAUCACCCCUCCAAAGAACUUGAAAAUAAUAUUGUGUUCUCCAAUUUGGCUUUAGAAUCUGAAUGUACUAUUCAUCUGACAAACGCCUACUGUUUUCCAGGCAUUUCAAAGUAUUGCAGAGACUAUAAAAGGAUAUCUCCAGAUUUUGGUCACUGAUGAACUACUUACUACCCACAAAACACCUUACUCCCACUCUGACAUUAAGAGUGCUUUCUUUUGGAGGUUCAGGAAAUGUAAUUUAGUGAGACUGCUUCAGAGGGAAGUGGAAGUAUGUAAGUGAUUUUCUUUGACAUGUAAAGUUCUUUUAAAAUAAAUUUUAAAAGCUACA